AACGGGCCACGAGGGCGAACGGGCCGCGAGGGUGCAGGCGCGGAGUCCUACGACCCCGGCAGUGCGCGGCGCCUAAGACCUCCGGAAUAACCCAAUCUGCCGCGCUCGGUUCCUAGGCAAACGGAGCUGCGCCGGCCCUGCGCGGAUCAUGGCGGGCUGCGGGGGGCUGGCCCUGCUCCUGGCCGCCCUGCUGGGCAGUGCGUGGGCGCGGAGGAGCCAGGACCUGCAUUGUGGAGCUUGCAGGGCUCUUGUGGAUGAACUGGAGUGGGAAAUUGCCCAGGUAGAUCCCAAGAAGACCAUCCAGAUGGGUUCCUUUCGUAUUAACCCUGAUGGCAGCCAGUCAUUUGUGGAGGUGCCCUAUGCCCGCUCAGAAGCACACUUGACUGAACUGCUGGAACGGGUUUGUGAACAAAUGAAGGAAUAUGGGGAACAGGCUAACCCUACCACUCAUCGAAAGAAUUAUGUACGCGUAGUGAACCGGGACAAGCAAGUUAGUGAGCUGGACACGGAGGGCAUUCGAAUUGAUGGAGACAUCAGAGCCAGCCUCAAGUUUGCGUGUGAGAGCAUCGUAGAAGAAUAUGAGGAUGAGCUUAUUGAGUUCUUUUCCCGAGAGACUGACAAUGUUAAAGACCGACUCUGUAGCAAACGUACUGAUUUAUGUGACCAUGCCCUGCACAUAUCUCAUGAUGAGCUGUGACCCACUGGAGCAGAUCUGAUGGACCACCCCCUAGGAGGGGAAGAGGGGCUGCAAUACCUUUUAUAUGAUGUUUUUACUAAAAUGAACCCCCCCAAAAAAAGGAGAAAAAAAAAACAUGGUGCAAACUAAGUUGUGUCUUCCCACCAAUCCCUUUUAUUAGGUCUGGGAGCCUAUAGAAGAGGAACAGAGAAAGAAUUUGGGAAUUGGGAUAGAAUGAACAUGUAUCUCUCACGAAGAA